AGAGGAGGAGAUAGGAGAUCUGAUGCGAGAGAGACGUGGGUCCUCUGGGGAGCCUCAACAACAUCAUGAUGCUGAUGAGGCAGAGAAGAGUGUCUCCACAUCAGAACUCCUCAAGAAACACCAUAGGAGACCCACAGGGAAGAAAUCUCACUGCUGCUCUGACUGUGGGAAACGUUGCAAAUCUUCAUCAGAACUUAAAAUACACCAGCGAGUACACACAGGAGAGAAAUCUCACCACUGUUUUGAUUGUGGGAAGAGUUACUUAAGAUUAAAAUCACUAAAAGUACACAUGCGAAUUCACACUGGAGAGAAACUUUACAGCUGUGAUCAAUGUGGGAAGAGUUUUACUAUGUCUAGUCAUCUGAUGAUACACCAGAGAACACACACAGGAGAGAAACCGUACAGCUGUACUCAAUGUGGGAAGAGUUUUACUCAGUCAAGCAACCUGUUAUCACACCAGAGAAAACACACAGGAGAUAAACCUUAUAGCUGUGAUCAAUGUGGGAGGAGCUUUACUACAUCUAGUCAUCGGAUUGUACACCAGAGAACACACACAGGAAAGAAACCGUACAGCUGUACUCAAUGUGGGAAGAGUUUUACUCAGUCAAGCAACCUGUUAUCACACCAGAGAACACACACAGGAGAGAAAUCGUAUAGCUGUAAUCAAUGUGGGAUGAGUUUUAUUCAGUCAUGCACCCUGUUAUCACACCAGAGAACACACACAGGAGAUAAAUCUUAUAGUUGUGAUCAAUGUGGGAAGAGUUUUACUACAUCUCUUCAUCGGAUCGUACACCACAGAAAACACACAGGAGAUAAAUCUUAUAGCUGUAACCAAUGUGGGAAGAGUUUUACUCGGUCAAGCAACCUGGUAUCACACCAGAGAACACACACAGGAGAGAAACCUUAUAGCUGUGAUCAAUGUCGGAAGAGUUUUACUUCAUCUAGCAGUCUUAUUGUACACCAGAGAACACACACAGGAGAAAAACCUUAUAGCUGUGAUCAAUGUGAGAAGAGUUUUGUUACAUCUAGCCGUCUUGUUGUACACCAGAGAACACACACAGGAGAGAAACCUCAUGGCUGUGAUCAAUGUGACAAGAGAUACUCUGAUAAAAGAUCCCUGAACAAACAUCAGAAAAUACAUACAUGAAGGAG